AUGCCGGGUCUGCUGAACCAGAUCACAGGGGCGGCCCUGCCCCUCACCGCGUCCGAGGUCACCUCCUUCGUCAGCGGUUACGCCCUGGGGCUCACCGCCUCCCUCACCUAUGGCAACCUGGAAGCCCAGCCCUUCCAGGGACUCUUUGUGUACCCCCUGGACGAGUACACCACGGUGAUCGGCUUUGAGGCGGUCAUCGCGGACCGUGUCGUGACGGUACAGAUCAAGGACAAAGCCAAAAUAGAGGGUGGCCACUUUGAGGCUACCGGCAUUCGAGCUGCGACUGUCACAGGUAAGAGGGUUGGAGGGGCUGAACCAUUCUGCAAACGUUCCAUUAUCCCAGGAAAGGUGGCUCUGGACGAGGAUUUGGAGCGGAUCCUCUUUGUGGUCAACCUGGGGACCAUCGCCCCGAUGGAGAACGUCACCGUGUUCGUCAGCACCUCCUCGGAGCUCCCGACGCUGCCCAGCGGGGCCGUGCGGGUCCUGCUGCCUGCUGUCUGUGCCCCGACCGUGCCCCAGUUCUGCACGGACAGCACCGGCGCCCCCAGCCAGCAGGUCCACGGCAGAGACAAGCACUGCUUUGGCAGCCGGGCCCUGGACUCCUGGAACAGACUGUGCCUGUCGACUCUCCUGGACACCGACGUGUCCAACCCCAUGGAAUACGAGUUCAACUUCCAGCUGGAGAUUCGUGGGCCCUGCCUGCUCGCAGGGGUAGAGAGUCCCACCCACGAGAUCCGAGCUGACGCCGCCCCGUCCGCAAGCUCGGCCGAGAGCGUCAUCGUCACCCUGGCCAACAGGCACACCUUCGACCGGCCCGUGGAGAUCCUCAUCCACCCCAGCGAGCCCCACAUGCCACAUGUCCUGAUGGAGAAAGGGGACAUGACCCUGGGGGAGUUCGACCAGCACCUGAAGGGAAGAGCAGAUUUCAUCAAAGGGAUGAAGAAGGACAGCAGUGCAGAGCGAAAGACAGAAAUCAUCCGGAAACGCCUCCACAAGGACAUCCCCCACCAUUCCGUCAUCAUGCUCAACUUCUGCCCCGACCUCCAAUCAGUCCAGCCGAACCUGAGGAAGACCCGUGGGGAGUUUAUCUUCCUCAUCGACAGGAGUGGCAGUAUGAAUGGGACCAACAUCCAAUGCGUCAAGGACGCCAUGCUGGUGGCUCUUAAGAGCCUCAUGCCAACCUGCCUCUUCAACGUCAUUGGGUUUGGAUCCACGUUUAAAACCCUCUUCCCUUCCAGUCAGACCUACAGUGAGGAGAACUUGGCCAUGGCCUGUGAUAACAUCCAGAAAAUGCGAGCUGACAUGGGUGGCACCAACAUCCUCUCCCCGCUCAAGUGGGUCAUCCGGCAGCCAGCGCUCCGAGGCUACCCGAGGCUUCUCUUCCUGAUCACGGAUGGUGCCGUCAACAACACCGGGAAGGUGCUGGAGCUGGUGCGAAAUCAUGCCUUCUCCACCAGGUGCUAUAGCUUUGGAAUUGGACCCAACGUCUGCCGCAGACUGGUGAAUGGGUUGGCAACUGUGUCCAACGGCAGUGCUGAGUUCCUGGAGGAAGGGGAGCGGCUGCAACCCAAGAUGGUCAAAUCCCUGAAGAAGGCUAUGGCCCCGGUCCUGAGUGAUGUGACUGUGGAAUGGGUCUUCCCCGAGACCACCGAGGUCCUGAUCUCACCUGUCAGCACCAGCUCCCUCUUUCCCGGAGAACGGCUGGUGGGAUAUGGCAUUGUAUGUGAUGCCUCUUUAUACAUCUCCAAUCCUAGAACUGACAAGAGAAGACGAUACAGCAUGCUGCCCUCUCAGGAGUCCCGCGGCUCUGUCUUCUCCCAAUCACAGGAUGAGGAGCCCAACCCAGACAGCGGGGACUGUGUCAGGAGCGUCGGGGCACCGCUCAACCCGAGACAGGCCAAAGACGCCCAGCCGUCCAGCGGAGACUCUGCCCCCAACCCUGGUCUAGGCCUCUCCCAGCGACGGCGGGCAUAUAGCACCAACCAGAUCACCAACCAUAAGCCCACCCCAAGGACCCUCACAGCCAGUGACCCCACAACGGCUACCAGGAGAUACCCACUGCGGAAAACCAAGCUGCAGGACCUCACCAACCAGACCAGCCUGGAUGCUCCGUGGUGGCAGAUUGAUUUGCAGCCCUUGCUGAACGGUGGCCCGGACCUGAGCCAGGGUCCCAAACUCCGGGGUCCAGGGGCCCGCAGGCCCUCUCUGCUGCCCCAAGGCUGCCAGCCCUUCCUACCCUCCAACCAGGAGACCCAGGCCUGGAGCCCCAUGAAAGAGUUGGAUCUUGGGUCCAACUUGAAGCCUGCCUCAGACAGCCGCAGCCCUGGGGACCUGGAGCCGUCCCAUCACCCCUCUGCCUUCGCGACGGAGACGUCCUCGGACUGGGAGCCCCUGGCCGAGUCCGAGGAGCGGGCCAGCCGCAGCAGGCCCGCCGCCCCAGGCCCCGUGCUGGGCAAGGCCGUGGUCAAGGGCCUGCAAGACAGCCAGCAUGUGCAGUGGGAAGUGAGCUUCGAGCUGGGGCCUCCCGGCCCGGAGAGGGGCGGCGCGCAAGAGCCCGACCUGUGGAGCGAGACCUUCCACCACCUGGCAGCACGCGCCAUCAUCCGGGAUUUCGAGCAGCUGGCGGAGCGAGAGGGUGAGAUUGAGCAAGGGACCAGCCGCCGCUACCAGGUGAAUGCCGUGCACGCCAGCAAGGCCUGCAACAUCAUCAGCAAGUACACAGCCUUCGUGCCCGUGGACAUAAACAAGAGCCGCUACCUGCCCACCGUGGUGGGGUACCCCAACUCCGGUGCUGCGUUGCGGAUGGUCAGCUCUCGGGUCCUGACUCGACAGUGGAAGGGCACUUCUGGUUUCGGGCGCUCCCAGACCAUGCUUGGAGAAGACUCAGCUGCAGGGGACAGCAAAUAUCAGAAUCUAAACCUGGAGGAAAGCGCCCCGGCGCCCUUUGGUGAGAACACGGCCCGCGACAAGCACGCUCCUCCUGAAGGUCCCCUGCGAGGUUUGACUACCAACACCCUUUCUUCCUUGAAGGCCUCAGACACUCUCUUUGGAUCCAGGCUGAGUCUCAACAAGUCUAGGCUGUUGACACGAGCGGCCAAGGGCUUCCUGGGCAAACCGCUGACCAAGACUCCAGACUCAGCCCCGGGGAACCAAAGCUCUGACUACAUCCCACUGGUGUCUCUGCAGCGGGCCUCCGGGGCCUUCCUGCUCAACCAAGCCUUCUGUGAGGCCGUCCGCGUCCCCAUGGAAAAGCUCAAGUGGACCUCGCCCUUCACCUACCACCGGGUGUCGCUCACCGCCCGCCAGCCCCCGAGCCCCCAGCCGUGCGCCAGCCCCACGCCCCUGCCCCCCUCCCAGGAGCCCCUGGCCGAGGGCAGGCCGGGCCAGGAGCCCAGGGCUGUGGCGGAGCACGUGGGGAAGCUGUGGGCCACUGUGGUGGCGCUGGCAUGGCUGGAGCACAGCUCCGCCUCCUACUUCGUUGAGUGGGAGCUGGUGGCCGCCAAGGCCAGCUCGUGGCUGGAGCAGCAGGAGGUGCCAGAGGGCCGCACGCAGGACACACUCAAGGCCGCCGCGCGCCAGCUCUUCGUGCUCCUGCGGCACUGGGACGAGAACCUGCAGUUCAAUAUGCUCUGCUAUAACCCGAAUGACGUGUAA